ACUCUCCAACAUUACAUUAAAUCCAAUUUUGAUUUCAAUUUCAAUUAUAUAUUUAUACCUAGUCUUGCCUUCUUCACAGCUCUCUUUCUUUUCAAAAUUCUCUCCCACCCCACAAGCAAAGCAGCUUUAACUUUUUCAGUUCUUUUUUUUAGGGGGGGGUUUAAUUGGUUCAUCUCUCUCUCUCUCUCUCUCUACCCCAUUUGGUUUUUCUGGGUUUUUGUGCUUUUGUUGGGAUCUACUUCAUUAUGGGUUUCUCCCAAGGAACCUGCACUGAUUCCAGUGACCUUUCCGAUGACCCAAAUGCUUCAUCUUUAGUUGCAGAUCACUACUGUGACUACGACAAGCUCAAAUUUACAACCUUUUUGAGAAAAAUGAUAUGGGAAUUUGGCCUUGCCUGUGUUGCUAACCCUUCCCGUCGCCGGAGGAGCCAAAACGACGGCAACGGUCACAAGAAGACGAAUUUGGAGCACAACAAGGCAUGGUUGCUUGCGGAGUCUGGUGGGUGUGGAGCAGAACUGAGCAAUGCUGACCCUCAAUCGGUUCACUCUUCUUUCAGGUUCAGUUUCUGUUCUCAGGUUGAGUUGGAGUCGUUGAAUAUGAGUUCUUCCUCUGCUGCAACUGUUUUGAUGGUGAAUUUGGACAAUGGGAUGAGUGAAUCACGCGCCAGGGAGCUCAAGUGCAGGAGAAUGGAGUCAUUGGAGAAAAGCAUAUCCCCUGUGGCUCACACUUUGAUCAGGUUCAGCUAUGCUGAAAUUCUCUCUGCUACUAGGAAUUUUUCCAAAGGUAGAGUGUUGGGGAGAGGGGCAUUGAGCUGUGUUUUUAGGGGAAGAGUUGGGCUUUUGAGGACUGCUGUGGCAAUUAAGCGAUUGGACAAGGAAGAUAAGGAAUCUGCUAAGGCCUUUUGUAGAGAAUUGAUGAUUGCAAGUUCUCUUCAUAGUUCAAAUGUUGUUCCUCUUCUGGGGUUUUGUAUUGACUCGGAGGAGGGUUUGUUUUUGGUGUACAAGUAUGUGUCAGGGGGAAGCUUGGAGCGCCACUUGCAUGGGAGGAAGAAGGGUAGUUCACCACUUCCAUGGCCUGUGAGGUACAAAGUUGCAAUUGGGAUUGCUGAAGCAGUGGCUUAUCUGCAUAGUGGAACUGAAAGAUGUGUUGUUCAUAGAGACAUUAAGCCCUCAAAUAUUCUGCUUUCAUCCAAGAAGACUCCCAAGCUAUGUGACUUUGGAUUAGCUACAUGGACUUCUGCACCUUCUGUUCCUUUCCUUUGCAAAACUGUCAAAGGAACAUUUGGAUAUUUGGCUCCUGAGUAUUUCCAACAUGGGAAAGUAUCAGACAAGACUGAUGUUUAUGCUUUUGGUGUGGUUUUAUUGGAACUCAUCACUGGCCGAAAGCCAAUCGAAGCAAGAGGGUCUCCAGGAGAGGAGAACUUGGUCUUAUGGGCUAAACCUUUUCUACUAAAAGGGAAAGGAGCCAUUGAAGAGUUGAUUGAUCCUCAACUCAAGUGCAGUUUGAGAUUCUCAAAUCAAAUGGGUAGAAUGAUUGAAGCAGCAGCUGCCUGUGUCACAAAUGAAGAAUCUCGGAGACCUGGCAUACAUGAGAUUAUUGCAAUACUGAAAGGUGAAGAAGAACCUCUUUUCUCUAAAAGAAAGAAGUCCAGUUUUCUUGGGAAUGGAUGCGUGAUUGAUUGUUAUUCUCAAUUACAACAAACAAAUAAUGAGAUGAAAAGUCACUUGGCUUUGGCAAUGCUAGGAGUUGCAGAAUUUGAGGAUGAUGAUUAUCUCUAUGGUCGAUAAAACAUGAUGACAACCUUGAAAUAACCUUUUAUUUUUUGCCAUGAUUGUUAUUAUGAGUGCUAGAGAUUAGAUUUAAGCGAGUUGAAAUUGUAAAUAGAUGUAGGAGCUCAGAUGAAGAUUAUGUGUAGAUAUCUUUCUUUUACCUUUUUACCUUUCCCUUUUCUCAAAGGGUAAAGUGUAAUAGAUUUUCAUUCAUUGUUUGUGGUUCAUGUUCAAUUCUUGGUAAAUUUUAUGAAUUUUAUAUAAUUCAUGUUACUGGCUUCACCCAAGAGGGAUAAAGCUUUUGUU